AAGUCGUAUUUAAUUUUAAUACUCAGCAGUACGCAUUCAUUGCUUUGCUGACAGAUAAGUCAGAGCGCUUAACAAUAUCAACGAGUGCAGAAUAUUGCACAUCACAAAAUAUUUACUUAAACAGUUAGUGCUAUUUUGCUUACUCACGGCCAUUUUGAGUAAGAAUUAAAAUGAAACUCUUCGUAGCUGCUGUGGCGCUACUAGCCACACUAGCCAACACCACAGCCACUGACAAUGAGCCUCAUAUGCUAAGCGAUGAAUUUAUUGAGCUAGUGCGCAGCAAGGCCAAAACCUGGACGCCUGGUCGCAAUUUCGAUGCUGCCGUGUCAGAUCACCAUAUACGCGGCUUGAUGGGUGUGCAUCCAGAUGCGCACAAGUUUGCUCUACCCGACAAGCGUGUGGUAAUGCCAGAGCUGGUUGAAGACGAUGGUGGCGACUUGCCCGAGGAGUUUGAUGCGCGCACUGCUUGGCCAAAUUGUCCGACCAUUGGUGAGAUACGUGAUCAAGGUUCCUGCGGCUCCUGCUGGGCCUUUGGCGCCGUUGAGGCAAUGUCCGAUCGUGUUUGCAUACAUUCCAAAGCGGCCGUCAAUUUCCAUUUCUCUGCCGAUGAUCUCGUAUCCUGUUGCCAUACCUGCGGUUUUGGCUGUAAUGGCGGCUUCCCCGGUGCCGCCUGGAGCUACUGGACACACAAGGGCAUUGUUAGCGGUGGCUCGUACGAGUCUCAUGAGGGCUGCCGUCCUUAUGAAAUUGCACCCUGUGAGCAUCAUACGAAUGGCACUCGGCCACCAUGCAGCCAAGGCAGCACACCACGCUGCCAGCAUCAGUGCGAAGCCGGCUACACUGUGGACUAUAAUAAGGACAAGCACUUUGGCAGCAAGUCCUACUCGGUGAAUCGCAAUCCACGUGAAAUUCAACGCGAAAUCAUGACGAACGGACCCGUCGAGGGCGCUUUUACAGUCUAUGAGGAUUUGAUUACAUACAAGACAGGCGUCUAUCAGCAUGUCCAUGGACGUGAGCUGGGCGGUCAUGCCAUACGCAUACUCGGCUGGGGUGUUUGGGGUGAUGAGAAGAUCCCCUAUUGGCUGAUUGGCAACUCGUGGAACACCGACUGGGGUGAUAAUGGUUUCUUCCGCAUUAAGCGCGGCGAGGAUCAUUGCGGCAUCGAGAGCGCCAUUUCCGCUGGCCUACCUAAGCUAUAAACUGCAGCUGCUUUUAAUUGCUUCUUCACUUAAAUACACAAUAAAAUAACUAUAUAUUGAACAGUUA